AUCUAUCAAUGUGCCGAAAAACUACGUGAUAGACUUCUGUUUAUAAUUCCAUCACCAUUUUCAUUCUAUAUUCACCUGCCACUGUCUCUCCUCUCGCGCUCAGAGUCACUCACGCAAAAACCAACCCCUUUUUGCUUCGCUUUACCACAAUGGGGACUCCAUACCCGAACCCCAUCAAUCCGACCCGAACCCGAAUCGGCUGGAUCGGCACCGGCGUAAUGGGUGCAGCCAUGGCCGGUCGUCUUCUUGCCGCCGGUUACUCAGUCACCGUCUUCUCCCGAACCCCAUCCAAAACCCUCCCUCUACAAUCCCAAGGCGUUGUACUCGCCUCUUCACCACUCGAACUCGCCCAGCUUGCCGACGUCGUUUUCACUAUGGUCGGACACCCAUCGGACGUCAAAUCCGUCGUCCUCGGUCCCACCGGCGUCCUCGCCGGCCUCAAACCCAACUCCGUCACCGUCGACAUGACAACCAGCCAUCCCGCCUUAGCACGCGAGAUCUUCGCCUCGGCCCGUGAGACGAACUGCUGGUCCGUCGACGCUCCGGUCUCCGGCGGCGAUAUUGGCGCCAGGGAAGGAAAACUGGCCAUUUUAGCUGCAGGCGAUUCCGGCGUGGUCGAAUGGCUGUCGCCGCUGUUCGAAGUGAUGGGAAAAGCUACGUACAUGGGUCGAGCAGGUUGUGGGCAGAGCUGCAAGAUAGCGAACCAGGUGGUUGUGGGUGCGAACCUGUUGGGAUUGAGUGAAGGCUUGGUGUUCGCUGAGAAAGCAGGGCUGGAUGUGAAGCAGUUUGUGGAGGCAAUUCGAGGUGGAGCUGCUGGGUCCAAGGUGAUGGAGUUGUUUGGGGAGAGAAUUAUUGGGAGGGAUUUUAGAGCAGGUGGGUUUACAGAGUAUAUGGUGAAGGAUUUGGGAAUGGGGGUUGAUGUUGUGGAGGAAGAAGAUGAUGGGAAGGUUGUUGUAAUGCCUGGGGCUUCAUUGUCUAAGCAGUUGUUUUCAGCAAUGGUGGCCAAUGGUGAUGGUAAGCUUGGCACUCAGGGUCUGAUUACUGUUAUAGAGAGGCUCAAUGGUAAAUGAGAUUGGAUUUAGAGCAAGAUGGCAGGUAGACAAAUUUUGUGUCCUUUUCAUUGCUAAAGGUUAUCUUUUUUCUUUGCUGCGACAAUUUGAUUUUGUCCCUACAAAGGAGUUCUUCAGUAAAAGGCUUUGGGAUGCACAGGGUUUGUUCACUCUUUUUAGAGAGGGACAAUGGGAAAUGAAAUGGGAUUUUGAUGGCUGUUGUUGGAUUGGGAUGAAGAGGGUCUGAUAACGUGUAGUGUGGCCGAGCGGUGUGCAAGAAUAGAGUGUUUGUCCUUUGUGUUGUUUGUAUUAAAUGAAAGGAUACUGUGUACAGAAUCUUCUUUAGUUGGCAUUGACCGGUUACAUACAGUUCUAUUGUCUACAUUCGGAGUGUGUUAACAAAAUAGUAUUUGAAGGGUCAUUGGUUUAUAAUUUCAUGUAGUAAUGUGAACAAUUGUUUUACCAUUCACUUUGGACAUGGAGGAAUUGGUUUGCAGCAUA